AUGGCUGUUUCACAUUCCAUUCCCCACAGGCAGAACCCCCAACCCCCUCUCACAGGCGCUCCAUCCCCUCCCCAGGACCGGCGGCCGGAGGCAGAGGGCAGAGCCGGCUCCUGGCGCCCGGGGAACCCCUACUGCUCCCCGGUGCUGGUUCGCAAGAAGGCCAUCCGCAGCAAAGUGCUGCGCUCGGGGGCCUACCGGGACUGCGGGGCCGAGGGGCAGCUCCACCAGCAGCCCCGCGACGCCGCGGGCUCCCGCAGGAUGGGAGAGCAAAGGCGCUCGGAGCUUGGCCCUCCUGCCCGAGAACGAGAGCGUCCUGGCCGAGAGCGUGUGGGCCUUCGCCGGCAUCGCCAGGUGAGCGCGCGUGGGCCACCCCUCGCCCACCCCCCCCGGCUCGGGGGUCCCUCUUCCCCUGCGUGUCCCCAGUGA